UUUAUAAUUUUGUGAAAUAAACGAAGAAAGAUAAUGAAGAGGUGUGGUGUCGAAUGGAGACCCAUCUUCACCAAUGCUACUGGUACUCUUCCAAAUUUCUGGGUCACCCUAUUCCACCUUCACAGCUAUCUUCCUCAUGGCGACCCUUUCUUCUGGCUAGACCCUUUUGCCCUUCUCUCGUCUCUUGCUCCUCCAACAACUUCCCACGUUGGGAUUCCAACGCCGAAUCCUUUCGACCCCGAAAUUUCACCUCCAACGGCCCCAGAGGCAAGGAACGGGAAGAACAAGAACAAGGAUAUGGGAGGAAGAGACGCUGGUGGUCUGAUGAGGAAAGAGAAUUCCCGGAAGAUGAAGAAGACAUUUCUAGUGGAAUUGUGGAAGAAGCCAUUGAUGGUGUCUGGUUUCUGCAGAUUUUCAAAUCCUAUGGUUGGACUCUACCGGUCAUCCUUGCAUCAUGGUUGCUAUCUAGUGGCCCUAAAGCUUUCCUCAUGGCAUUAGCUCUUCCUCUUGGUCAGUCAGCACUUGCACUAGCAUUUGAUAAAUUAUGGAGACAGUCAGAGAGCAAACCAAAACGCAAGAACAGGACGAGGAGGAAACCUCGCCGUGCUAAAGGCACAAUCUUUGAGGAAGAACCUGCUGAAAACCAGAGAACCAAAAAUGGGUACCAAUCAUGGGUAGUUGAAGAUAAUGGUUCAGUUGAUAAGGGCAGCCAAGAAGCAGCACAGAGUUUUGGUGGAUGGGAUCACUUGGAGAGGUCAAGACCCGUGAAAAAGUCUUCCUUUGCCAUGGAUGGAUCACCAACGAUUCCUUCAGAUGGUGGUAGGUUGAGUAGGAGAGAAAGAAAAAGUGACACACCUCUGCUGUUUCGAUUGCUUAUUGCAAUUUUUCCAUUUUUGGGCAUAUGGACAAAGAUGCUGUAAUAGUCUCUCCUCUGCCACCAUAUCUUGGAUGAGUUGGAUGUGAUCUUAUACAUCUUCCUCGGAUGAAGAGAAAAACCAAUACGUUGGUUUAUGAUAGUUGUUUGUCAAUUUAUAUGUAGUCUGUUAGAUGAUGAAUUAUGUCGAUUAUUAUCACUUCUGAAAACAUGUGUUGUGUACAUUUGAUCACUGUAAUAACAAAAAUUAAUAAAAUUAUAAUUAUUAAA